AUGACUCAGAACUACCAGCACAUCCUGGCCUUGGUUUUUGCUAUAAAGGAAAUAAAUGAAAAUCUCCAGCUCCUACCUAACCUCACACUGGGAUUCAAUAUCUAUGAUGGCUAUUUGAAUGCAAGGUGGUCUUACCUCGCUGCAAUGCAACUUAUUUCCACAAGGAACAGAUUUCUCCCCAACUACAAGUGUGACAUCCAAGACAAAGUCAUUGCUAUCAUUGUGGGGCUUGACUUAGAAUUCUCUCAUCAUAUCCCAAAUGUUUUGGGCAUCUACAAGAUUCCACAGCUGUUGUAUGGCUCUGCUCCAGUGAUGACUGAUAAUACUCAAGUCCCUCCCUUCUAUCAGAUGCUCCCAGCUGAAACUCACCAGUAUAUGGGGAUUCUCCAAUUACUUCUUCAUUUCAAGUGGACAUGGAUUGGAUACUUUGCUGUGGUUGGUGGGAAUACAGAAUGGUUUGUGCAGACGGUGUAUCCAGUAUUUUCCCAAAAUGGCAUCUGUUUUGCUUUCAUAGAAUCCUGUUCCAGUUUAGAUUUUGUUAAGAUGUAUGAUUCACUUAUGGACAACAUAGCCAAUGUAGUUAUUUUAUAUGGAGAUAGUGGUUCCAUGAUAGUUUUGAGAUGGUUGUUGAGUGGGUUAAAAAACAAACACAUCUCACAAAAGCCAAAAGGUAAAGUGUGGAUUCUGACAGCCCAGAUGGAGUUCGAAUCUGUUUCCAGUAAAAGGAUCUGGGAUAUACAAGCCUUGCACGGUGCUCUGUCAGUUGCAAUUCACUCCAAUGAACUGCAUGGGUUCCAAGAAUUUCUGAGGAGUAGAAACCCUUCAGGUGUCAAGGAAGAUGGUUUUAUUAGGGACUUCUGGUCAUCUGCAUUUGACUGUGCUGUUCCAGAUUCUGUUGUGGGCAAGAUGAACAUGACAAACUGCACUGGAGAAGAGAGACUGGAGAACCUUCCUGGGCAUGUCUUUGAAAGGAUGACUGGCCAUGGAUACAACAUCUACAAUGCUGUUUAUGCUGUGGCCCAUGCUUUACAUGCCAUGUAUUCCUCUAACCCCCAAAGCAGAACAGCAACAGGAGGAGAGAGGACAAAGCAUCAAAAUCAGCAGUUGUGGCAGCUCCAUCAUUUUCUGAGACGAGUCUCAUUUAACAACAGUGCUGGGGACAAUAUUUCUUUUGACCAAAACAGGCAAUUAAUAACAGGAUUUGACGUUAUCAAUUGGGUCACGUUCCCAAACCAGUCCUUUGUCAGAGUGAAAGUUGGAAGUGUGGAUCUCAAGCUUCAAGAUCCUUCAAACCUAUCACUCAUCAUUAAUGAGGAUGCCAUUAUAUGGCACAGCUGGUUUACCCAGGCAUGGCCCCUUUCUGUGUGCAAUGACAACUGCUAUCCGGGCUAUAGGAAGAAAAAGAAAGAGGGGAAGCCAUUCUGCUGCUAUGAUUGCAUACCAUGUCUACAAGGGAUGGUAUCUGGCCAAAAAGACAUGAUUGACUGUUUUAAAUGCCAAGAUGAUUAUUAUCCAAAUAAGGAACAGACUUUAUGUUUCCCCAAAAUGAUAACCUUCUUGUCCUAUGAAGAACCUUUGGGCAUUGGUCUAACCACUGGAACAUUUUCAUUUUCUUUGAUCACGGUUCUGGUACUAGGCAUAUUUUUGAAACACAAUGAUACUCCUGUAGUCAAAGCCAAUAACAGGACCCUCACCUACACACUUCUCAUCUCCCUCCUGCUGUGCUUCCUUUCUACUUUAUUAUACAUGGGUCCACCUAAAAAUGUGACUUGUCUCCUUCGCCAUGUUGCCAUAGACAUCGGUUUCUCAACGGCUGUUUCUUGUGUGUUGGGCAAAACCAUCACUGUGGUUCUUGCAUUCAUGGCUACCAAGCCAGGAUCUAGAAUGAAGAAAUGGGUGGGGAAAAGAAUGGGCAUUUCCAUUGUUAUUGUCUUCUCCUUUAUCGGAAUAGGCAUGUGUGCAGUGCGACUGACAAUCUCUCCUCCAUUCCCAGAUGCUGACAUACAUUCAAUGACUGAAGAAAUUAUAUUGGAAUGUAAUGAGGGGUCUAUGGCUAGGCUGUAUUGUGGCUUAGUCUACAUGGGCUUCCUGGUCAUUGUCAGUUUUAUUGUGGCUUUCCUCGCUAGGAAGUUACCAGACAGUUUCAAUGAAGCCAAGUUUAUCACUUUCAGCAUGUUGGUGUUUUGCUGGGUUUGGUUGUCCUUUAUACCAGUCUCCCUGAGCACCAAAAGGAAAUACACAGUGGCUGUGCAGAUGUUUUCUGUCUUAGCUUCCAGUGCUAGUUUGCUGGGUUGCAUUUUUUUCCCAAAGUGCUACAUUAUAGUGCUAAAACCUAACAUGAACAGCAAGGAAUGGCUCAAAAGGAAAAAUCAUUGA